ACUUUCAUACUCAACAUCAACAAAAUCAUCAUCAAUCGAUCAAUCUACAACCGCUAUACGCACAGAAUUCAUCAAUUACCUCAUCAACACACUCAAUUUCACCACAGAAUCCGCCAUUUCAUCCUCAUCAAAGGUCUAGGUGGCUGUUUUCGACGUCCGUUGCGUUGAAAUUUUACGCUGGAAAUGUUAUGUUGUUGAAGAGUUAUGGUUUUAGUGAUGAGCAGAUUGGGAAGUUUGUUCAUAGGAAUGCUAUGCACUUUGCGCAGCCGUCGAAGUGGCUCACGAGUAAGUUGGAUUGGGUGGAGUGUAAGAUGGGGGUUUCACGUGAGUCUAACGAGUUUUUUCGGUGUUUUAAUGCGAUUGCGUCGAAUAGUGUUGUGAAUAUGGAGAGGAAGAUGGAGGUUUAUAAGAGGUUUGGGUUUAAUGAUACGGAGUUGUCGAUGUUGUUUAAGAAUCAGCCGCAUUGUUUCGCGUUGUCGGAAGAUACGAUUCGUGAGAAGUUGAGGUUUUAUAUGGAUGAGGUUGGGUACACGUCGGGUUAUUUGGUUACUUGUCCGAGUCUUUUUUCGUUGAGUUUGGAGAAACGAGUGAAGCCUAGGAAUGAAGUGUUGAAGAUUUUGAAAGAGAGGAUGUUGUUAGGGAGUAAGUCGCUUAUUACGCUUGUUAAUUAUCCGGAAUUGAGAUUUCAAGAUUAUUUACGCGGGUUUGAGGAUGAGAUUCCUGGCUUGUAUGAAACUUAUGUCAGUAGCAGGAGGUAGAAUCGAACCUGAACCGAAGCCAUUGUUUUGUUUUGAUGUUAGGACUUAUAAGCAUUUGAUGACUUCAAGAAGAAUAGCAGAUUCUAUUAUUUUUAUAUGUUUUUUGGUUUAGAUGGCGUUUUUGUUA